AUGCAGUUGUCGGGGUUUCUUCUCGCCUGCGGUCUUUUGCAAGGCGUGUGCGCCUUGGACCCUUGGUACUUCACAUGGACCGACCCCUCCAAGGAAACACACUCCGAGAGCGGUUCGAAACCAGAAAUCUGCAAGGAGAUUGACAAUCCCAUAGGGAGACAUUUUGAAUGGGGCGCGGGGGAUGGCUGGUGUAUCUAUUUCUGGGAGAAUCGCAACUGCACCGGUUAUGCGAGCGCCGGACACACCUGCAAACCCUGGCCGUGGAAGGCCGAUGCACAGCACAGUCAUCUUCGAUCCUUCAAGGUGGCUGUUAACGGCACCGCCGUACCGACCUCUCCCAGUGAUUUAACGAGCGCUUCGCUCAGCACGUCCACCACUACUUCAUCCACCAGUUCAUCCACCAGUUCGCCAAUCAGCAGCCCAACCAACAUCCCAACCAGCACCCCGACUGCCGACGCGCUAUCUGUAGAGAACACUGACAGCAGCGGCUCGCUAUCCGGAGGCGCAAUCGCAGGCGUGGUAAUCGGCGUGCUGGCCGGUGUAGCUCUACUUGCAGCUGCAGUCUGGUUCGUGUUCUUCCGACGACAGAAGAAACCGGCGACAACGCCGGAAUCGUCCUCGGCGCCUGACCCUCCUGCCACUGAUAACGACGCCGACAAAGAGGAGCUCGUGCCCCGUGAACCACCCCCGGCCUUUGAGCCAACUGCCGAGUUGCCCUAUACCCCGAAGGAGAAGCCCCCCAUCGAGCUUCGAGGGGACAAUGCGAUGGUGGAAAUGAGUGACUCACACCGGGUUGUGGAGUUGGAUGCGACGGAAACAGUCCAGCGGCGGUAUUGA